AUGGCUUGUAUUGAAAACGUCCUUGGAGGGCACGCCCCUUCACCCUUGGUAGUAGCUGUGGACAAAAAUGGGAACCAGGAGCUGCACCUCGAUAUGCCCCUGCAAUGUCUGAGUUCCAAGCCGGAGGAUGACACAGAGCCCUGGGGUCUACCUCAAGUACUGCUGAGACCUUCCGUCAAUGUGCUGACUGAUCUGGCUAGCGAGCAACCGGAGUGCCCCUCUGAGAGAACAGGAUCCUGCAUUCCUGUUCAUAGUUUGAGAGCUCUUAGACACCCCUAUGGGCCACCACCUGCUGUUGCAGAAGAGUCCCUAGCAACAGCAGAAGUAAAUAGCUCUGAUGCACUGGCAGGCUGGAGGCAGGAGGGACAGGAUGCUAUUAAUGUGUCCUGGGAAGUCUCUGGCAGCCCUCCUGCGCUGAUAGUAGGGGGCACAAAGGUCAACAGUGAGGGCACUGAGAGAGGGAGUAAUAAUGCAAGGUUGUAUGUGGCUUUGCCACGAGGUAAAGGGUUCUGUUCACCCAGGGGCCCACAAGUGAGAGGCCCUUCACAUAUUACCACCCUUAGAUCAGGGAUAGUAAUGGAGGUGCCUCCCAGAAAUACACGAAUAGCCUGCAGAGGAAAGCUGGCUCAUGUUUCUUUCCCACUCGGGGACCCAUGCCACCCCAUGCAUAAUUGGCCAAGGCCUAUCCCGUUGUCUUCCAGUACUCCAGGUUUACCUCCUUGCUCUGCUGCUCAUUGUUUCAUCCCUCCUCGACCUCCGAUUUUCAAUCCAUUUAUUGCUAUGCUUCUUCCUUUUGCUCCUCCUCCAAUAUUUCAUCCUCCACUGCCUUCUUAUUUUGUCCAUUUCCAUUCUGGGGGAAUGCCAGCUCCUGCAUCACCCAACAGAGAGCACAGCUGA